AUAAAAAAUAUAUAAUAACGUAAUAAAUCUAUUUAAUAUAUUACACAUAAAUUUAAAUUUCACCUUUUGUGUAAAUAAAACUGCCUUGAUUCACACGACUUACAACAUAAUUUUGCUCGCAGACAUUUAUUGCCCAUAGUUAGUCAAGAAAUAAUCUCAUUAUUUAUUUCUCAUUCGCGUAGGAUUUCAAUUAUGGAAUCGGGCGAGCGCGCAAUUGCACAACCAGAUGAUUGAGAGAACACCCGGUGUGAUCACGAUCGCAAAAUAAAGAUCAACAAAGAUUAAAUCGGAGCCUUAAUUAGCUGUACUGUGCUGCACAAAAGCCCUUUUAAUGCUAUUUAUGCUAUUAUACAGUUCGAACAGAAUAAAAUUUGUAACAAAAGUAAUACAAAAUGUUUGUUAAUCGGAAAUUUAUCUAAAAAUGACAUAAACUUUUUAGUAUAAAUAGUUAUAGUACAAUAAUAAUUUAAAUUUUUUUAUUUAAUGGUAAGAAUUUUGUUUUUAUAAUUACAUAUAAAAAAUUUGAAGUAAAAGUGUAAAAAAAGUAAAAUUAAGCACAUGAGGUAUACACUGAGGAAGAAAGUUAUUAAUUUGAUUAAAUUUUUUAACUUAAUUAAAUUUCUUUAAUUCAACUAUUUGUGUAUUUCAAUCAAAUAUAUAAAUACUUAAAUUAAAGUUCAAGUAUUUUAUGUAUUUAAAUUAAUUGCAUACUUUACAUAAGUUAAGCUUCAAACUUUUCUACGGUUUUCUCACAAGCCACGUAAAAAAAAAAAAACUUAACGCUAUGAAUUUCGACUCGUGCGAGGUGGUGGAUUUGCGCAAGAGUCUUCCUUACGAGCGAUGAGAAGAGUCGCGCGGGUGCGAGUUUUUCGGCGGUCCCCUACUCGCGGGACCCGGUUUCGGUUUCUUUUCACCUAACCGCGUUUCGGCAGUGGGCCCGGUUGCCCACUACCUCGCUCUCCACGCCGUCUCUCCUUCAGGGUUUAUCGUAUAAAAGCAGGGGGAUCUUCAUCGUACUCAUCAGUCGCAAACACGACGAACCGAAUCCGAAACUCGUGCAGCAUCAUGAACGCCAAGGUGAUAGUGCUCUUCGCCCUGGUGGCGCUCGCUUUCGCCGAAGAGACAAAGAGCGACAAGACAAACCCAGCGGAGACCACGAAGAAGGAUAAGCGAGGCCUUUACGGAGCCUUGGGCUACGGCUACGGUCUCGGCUAUGGUCUCGGUGGAUUGAGCACGUACUCCUCCCUUCCGGUUGGCUUGAGCCACGGUAUCUCUACCGUCUUGACGAAGGAAGUUGCUGUACCCGUGCCCCAACCGGUCGCCGUGCCCGUCGAGAAACACGUCCCAGUCCCAGUUAAGGUGCCAUACGCCGUGCCAGUCGACCGCCCGUAUCCCGUUCAAGUGCCGAAACCCUACCCAGUUGAGGUGACCAAGCACGUUCCUGUCCCGGUAGACCGUCCCGUGCCCGUUCCCGCCCCGUAUGCCGUCAAGGUUCCAGUACCCGCCCCGUACGCCGUCAAAGUGCCCCAGCCCUACGCCGUCCCCGUCGUCAAACACGUGCCGGUGCCGGUCGAGCAGCCGGUCCUCUACACCAAAUUGCACUCUGGUAUCGGAGGUUACUACAACGGAUACAGCGGCUACGGUGGAUACAACGGAUACAACGGAUACAGCGGAUACAGCGGAUACAGCGGCUAUCCUUAUGGAUACUCCUCCUGGUAAAAUGGCAAUUCCGUGAGCGACGCUCUCCGUCAUCAGCGCGAGGCAACCACUCGGGCCGCGUGGGUCUUUCAGAGCUUUCAAGUGAAUCACCUUAUUUAGGAAUGCGCCCGCAAAGAAACAGAUACGCAUAGAUAUAUAUUAAUGUAACGUUAAUGUAUAUUCUUCUUCGUUCCGUUGAUGAGUGCGGUUAAAGUGAAUACCUCUCGUUUUGGAAAAAUUGAGGAACAAUUUCGCGGGUCUCUCGCGUGGGAUUCUUUCGGACAUUUUUACGACGGGGAGAUAAGAGGAGAGAGAACAAGUGGCUGGAAGAGAAGAGCGUCCUCUGACUUUUGAAUGAAGAAGAAAAACGAAAAGACAUUUUUGCGGAGGGAAAAGAAUCGAGUGGUGCUCGCGAUCAUCAAAUGUGACUACUUAGACCUACGUUUCUACCUGUAACUUCAUUAUGCUGACUGUUCAUCAUUAAAAUAAAUCUUUUCCUAUGAA